AUGAACACAAUAAUUGGACCGCAACCACAGUUUCUCUCGUGUAUUAUCAGAGUUGGAUCAAGUUCAGGUAUAGGUGCGGGAACUGCUGUACACUUCGCGAAAUUAGGUGCAAAAGUGGUGGUCAACGGAAGGGAUCCGAAACGAGUCGCUUCUGUAGCCCAAGAGUGUCGAAAUGUGACCGCAAAUCCAGUCCUCGAAGUAGUGGUUGAUCUGCAAGACGACAGUCAAACAAAUAAUUUAGUGCACAAAACUAUUGACACUUUUGGCAAAAUUGACGUAUUAGUCAAUUGUGCGGGUAUUAUAGGACAGAAAGCUAUACACGAACCCGAUUACCAGGAGCUUUUUGACACAAUUGUGAAAAUUAAUUUGCGAAGUGUUGUUUAUCUCACAUCACUUGUUGUGCCACAUCUGGAGUCCACCAACGGUUGCAUUGUUAACGUGUCCAGUGUUUCAUCGGUAACACCCUGGAAAAGGACGUGGUCGGCCUAUGGUAUGACUAAAUGUGGGUUAGAUAUGUUUACUAAAUGCCUGGCCAUGGAAUUGGGUCCCAAAGGCAUUCGUGUCAACUCUAUUUUGCCGGGUAUUGUCUUAACUCCAAUGAUUGGCGGAACAGAUUUUAAUGAAGAUUUAGUGAAAAUGUUUUGUCAAACGGCAUAUCCUAUGGGACGACCCGGUUAUGUGGAUGAUAUGGUACGGGCUAUUGAGUUCUUGGCGUCCGAUUCAUCCAGUUUUAUAACCGGGAUAUCAAUGCCCAUCGAUGGCGGCGCUAUUUGUGUGUACUAUAAAGGAUCAAGUUCGGGUAUAGGCGCGGGAACUGCUGUACACUUUGCAAAAUUGGGCGCAAAAGUAGUGGUCAACGGAAGGGAUCCGAAAAAAGUCGCGGCCGUAGCCCAAGAAUGCCGUAAAGUAUCUAAAAACCCAGUCCUCGAAGCGGUGGUUGAUAUCCAAGACGACAAUCAGGCAAAAAGUUUGGUGCAAAAAACUAUCGACACUUUUGGCAAAAUCAAUGUAUUGGUGAACUGUGCCGGAGUGAUGGGCCAGAAAGCAAUAUCCGACCAUGAUUAUAUGGAGCUCUUUGAUCACUUAAUGCCUAUUAAUCUACGAAGUGUUGUACUUCUCACAUCGCUUGUUGUGCCAUAUCUGGAGAUUACCAAAGGAUGUAUUGUCAAUGUGUCCAGUAUAGGAUCGGUAACUCCUUGGAAAAGGAGGUGGACGGCGUACGGAAUGACAAAAUGUGGGUUAGAUAUGCUCACCAAAUGUCUGGCCAUGGAAUUGGGCCCAAAAGGCAUUCGUGUCAACUCUAUUCAACCGGGUAUUGUGAUAACACCGAUGGUUAACGGGACAGACUAUGACGAAGAAACAGUGAAAAUGUAUUGCGAGUCCGCGUAUCCAUUGGGAAGACCCGGUUAUGUCAAUGAUAUCGUCCGUUCCAUUGAGUUCUUGGCGUCCGAUGAGUCGAGUUUCAUAACCGGUGCGAGCGCUGGUGUGGGCCAAAAGUUUGCCCAAUCUCUGGCCAAAUUGGGCUUCAAAUUGGUUAUCACAGGCAGAGACCCGCAGAAACUGAAAGAUGUGGCCCAGAGUUGUCGCCAAUUAUCCAACGAUAAAGUACUGGAAGUGAAGACAGAUUUGUUGAAUGACGAGGAAUUGGCGGAACUGAUGGAGAGGACAAUCAAAGAGUUUGGCCGAUUGGAUGUGUUGGCCAAUUGCGCCCAAAUAAGUAUCCCGUGCUCUAAGUACUGGAAGUGA